UUGCAGAAAAAAAGUUCUGAGAAAUUCUUCUCUUCACAAGUCAAGUGUCCACAGAAUUGGUUCGCUUGCCAGGAUCUCUCCAAGUGUCUUCAACCCAAGCUUGUUUGCGAUAAUGUGAAAGAUUGCAAUGAUGGCUCUGAUGAACGAGAGUUCUGCUAUGAACAUCAGAAGAAUCUUAUACGAACAGAAGAUCAUACAAUCGUUUAUUAA